AUGGAUGAUCAUUUUAAUGAAAGUGAUCAUGAUUUGGGUCAAGAAGAACCCAUGCUCCCUGAUUUAUCCGGGCAGCAAUACCAACACAAAAGAGAUGCCAUGAAAAUUUUAGAGGCUAAUCACUUCGUAUGCAUUGACAAGCUUGGGUCUGGCGCUUUUGGUGACGUGUAUAAAAUGAUGGACUUCUCUGGCCAAGAAGUGGCCGUUAAAAUAGUUUCCUUAGAAGUCACGAAAAAGAAUGAAAUUGAAAUUUGGCCAAAAAUGCGUCACCCAAAUAUUAUUCCCCUCUUGCAGUAUUUUAGCCUCAAUGACCCAGAUGUGGGAGUUUUUGUAAUGCCCGUACACCUGGGCACUUUGAAGGAUGCAGUCCUAAAUGAGCACUUUUUAAAUCAAUCGUGUGCCCUAGACUGCCUCAAAUCAUGGCUUUACGAUACUCUUUGUGGUCUGGCUUAUUUGCACACUAACGAGGCUUGCCAUUUGGAUUUAAAAUCCGACAACAUCUUGAUAUCGCAAGAUUACAGAGCUGUCAUAUGUGACUUCUCUUGUCUUGCAUCUGCGGCAAAGGCAAUACCAAGGGAUGAACUUGGAUUGCCGAGUGUGUAUAGACCUCCAGAAGCUUGCCUGUCACUCGGGGGUGUGACGGAAGUUGAUGGCAAGGCUUUUGAUAUGUGGUCGUUUGGAGUGAUGGUCAUGGAGCUGUUUACCAAGAAAGCUCUGAGCAAUGCAGUAAACUGCGCUGGAAAUUGGAACAGGGAUAUUUAUCCUGCCAUGUUCCACAUUCUUCAGGGUGAUGCUUUCAAAUGCUUCAUGAGUGGAGUGUUUUCUGCGACGGGCAUUGCAGACGGGCAAAUUUGGCUGACCUUGAAUUUUAUACACACAUUUUUGAUGCCCGAUCGAAGGAAAAGGUGGAAUGCCGGAAUGGCAAUCGACCACUGUUUUUUCAAAACUGGUGGUCAGAUUGGACCAGGGGCAGAUGCAAAAUGGUUGCAUUUUUGUGGAGAUGAGAACCAAGAAACUAGCAUGCACAGAAAUCAGGGUGUUAAACGUGUUGCUGAUGCCAGUGUUAACCCACUGCAAGUGAAAAGAGCAAAUACUGAAAUUGAGCAGACACGUGAAAAAUUCCAACCCAUAGAAUGUGCAAACUGCAAGCAUGCGAAAAAAGAGUUGAGGAAUUGA